AUGGGCAAUUGGCAGUCGUAUCAACUAUUUCGGGAGUCUUCUCGUUCUGAGCUUUCAAAGUCUAGAUGCCCUCAUGAAACGGAUAAAAGUCAGUCGGAUAAUUCAAAUGAAAUAAGUCAAUUGAAAUCGGAUUGUCCAGCAAGGCAAAGUUUGCAAAUAGAUCUCAUUAAUCAAUGCAGUUCAAUUUAUCAGUUGAACGAGCUAAAUGCUAUGCCGUCUCCUAAUCAAAGACCUUCUCCUGAUCAGCCAUUUAUUUUAAGUACAGAAAGAGAGCAGUCAACUAUACCAAGAGCUGUGGAUAAUGGUUACUGGGAAUAUCCUUCAGAACAAAUGUUUUGGAAUGCUAUGUUAAAAAAAGGUUGGCAGUGGAAGAAUGAUCAAAUAAGUGCUCAGGACAUGCGUAAGAUUAUCAAAAUUCAUAACGCUAACAAUGAAGAAGUCUGGCGUGAAAUUUUAAAGUGGGAAAUCCUUCUACAUCCUGAAUGCGGAUGUCCAAAGCUGAAGAGCUUUCAUGGCAAUUCCCAAAAAAUUUCACCACGAGCCCGAAUAAGACAGUUAUUAGGAUACGAAUUACCUUUUGAUCGACAUGAUUGGAUGGUGGAUCGAUGUGGACAGAAAGAAGUGCAUUAUGUCAUCGAUUUUUAUGACGCUGGUCCUGUUGAUCCAAAGACAAAGCUCUUCACUGUUCUUGAUGUUCGACCUGCAUUCUGUGAUUUGGGCAAUAUUUGGGAUCGUAUGGUUGUUGCCUAUUGGCGAUUUAAAGUGGAGAUGCUUGGUCUUUCUCCGAAAUUUACUGCUCAUCAGAAAAAAGAGAACACAAAAUAA